AUGGCUAAGGUCAACAUACCAACAUUCAAACUAAACAAUGGGCUAGAAAUUCCUGCUUUAGGCUAUGGAACGUGGCUAGGUACCAACGAUAAAAAUUUGCAGGCUGAUUUUCUGAUAGGAGAUGCGCCUAAGCUCGUGGAAGCAAUGUCUUACGCCAUCGACGUCGGCUAUCGACACCUUGAUACCGCUCACUUGUAUCGAGUGGAACCAGAAGUAGGUUACGUUGUGAAGAAGAAGGUAGAAGAAGGAGUGGUGAAAAGGGAAGAUUUAUUUAUAACUACUAAGGUGUGGAACCAUAAUCACAGGCCUGCGGAUGUGGUAGCUUCAGUGAAGGGUUCUCUAAAGAGGAUGGGCUUAGAUUAUGUUGACUUGGUUUUAAUGCACUGGCCUAUGUCUAUUUCUGAGAACGGUGUUGAUGAGAAAAUCGACUAUUUAGACACUUGGAGAGGGUUCGAAUCUGUUUUGGAGCAAGGUCUUGCCAAAUCAAUUGGAGUUUCCAAUUUUAAUGUGGAACAGUUGACACGUCUUCUGAAAAACUGUAAAGUGGUGCCGUCGGUUAACCAAGUUGAAAUUAACUUGAACCUUGGUCAGAAAGAACUAGUGGAUUUCUGCCAAAAGAAUAACAUUUUGGUAGUAGCGUACACGCCGUUCGGCAAGAUGGUGCCGAGUCGGACCGACGACAGCCCCGCCGUCAAGUACGACGACCCCAUCGUUGGCUCUAUUGCUAAGAAACAUGGGAAAUCUGUUACGCAAAUAGCUUUGAGAUAUUUGUACCAACGCGGUAUCUGCAGCAUACCAAAAACAUUGACCAAAAGCCGGGUCAUCGAAAACGCAUCGAUAUUCGAUUUUGAAUUGGACUCGGAAGAUGUAUCGACUUUACAAAAAUUCGAUAUAAACUAUAGAACUGUUAAUCCGACGUUUUGGCAAAAUAUAGAAAACUAUCCGUUUGAUAAAGAAGAAACCGAUGUACCGGAAAUACCUGAAGUCCUAUUGAGAUGGAAAAAUGGUGCAAACCAAGAUAUUGAU